UGUUGUGCGUUCGCGUCGCUCGUUCGUCUCGUACGGUCGCUGGCGUUUUUUUCCCUCCCGAGCAGAUAUAGGUGAGCGCUAGUUUAGCGUUGUUUUCCUGCGUUUUCUCGAUAAGGGAAGCCGGUCAACAACACGACCCGCCUGGAAGAGUGUUGAGUGUUGAAAACAAGCUCGCUUCGGCGAAUACGCAGUUGUGUUUUGUGUUUGUGUUUUGUUUUUGAAAGGGGCCCAUAGUUGGCUGGUAUAAAUCGCAGGUGAUUUCCGAACAACCGAUCGAAACCCGGCGCAUUUCUAGGUGCACUGAAACUGAUUGUAACAUAAAACUGCAAGUGGAAAAGAAUAUAGUUUCGGGUGGUUCUCAAACACAAACAUAGAAAGUGGUCGUUCAAAGAAAAUCAAGAAAAGCAGCCCAACACAUAUAAUUCUAGUGACACAAAUCUCUGUUUCCGAAGUUUUCGUUGGCUCGCAUCUCGCCAUCAAGUGGUUGGCGGAGUUUUUCAGGAGGGUAAAGUGAGUUAGGAAAAAAGUUUGUGCAUUUUCCGAGGCAGUGAGGGGUACUGUUGGAGAAGAAGAGAAAGCAAAAACACAAUCGUAAUAGUAAAGUGAACCCGCCGUGGCGUGCGUGGGUUGUUGUGCUGUGAAACCUGUGACUGGGAGGAACGUCUAUGUGUCGCGUGUGUCGUGUCACGGAUGAUGUCGUUGGUAGAAGUUUGGAACACAAACGAAGAAUCGCCAACGAAAAUUCCCACUAAAGAGCAGCAUCAUCGGCAGCACCAGGAGCAGCAGGAGCAGCAGGAACACCAGCAUUAUCAAACGCACUGCAUGCAGCUGGACACGAUGCAGGAUAUCAUAUGCGAGGAAGAGACAGUGAGAUAUGUGCAUGUGAAAAGUGAAGACGGUAGUGGUGGAAACAACAACAACAACUGCAUCAACAGCAAUAACAACAACAACGGCAUCAACAGCUCGUCGUCGAACAGCAGCAACAACAACCUGCAGGGUAUGGAUAAGGACGAGAAGCGGAUGCGCCGCGAAAUUGCGAACAGCAACGAGCGGCGCCGGAUGCAGAGUAUCAACGCGGGCUUUCAGAGCCUCCGGCAGAUGCUUCCACACCACGAGGGCGAGAAACUGAGCAAGGCCGCGAUUUUGCAGCAAACCGCCGAGUACAUCUACUCACUGGAACAAGAGAAAACCCGCCUGCUGUCGCAGAACUGCCAGCUAAAGCGGUUGCUUGACCAACAGGACCACAAUGGUGAUAGCGCCUCGCAGGUCUCAGCACCGACCGUCACCGGCAGCACGAUCGUGGCCACCGGCAAUGGCGGCUCGGUUGUUUCCCAGCAAACCGGAACCGUCGUCACGACCGUGGCUAAGAAGCGAAAAAUCGACACCAUCGUAACCGUGCAGCCCGUCUCGGACUCGUCCGACGAAGGACUCGGAUCGAUGUCGCCGGAACCGGUGACGUUACGUGGCGUCAGCGUCACCACCGCUAGCAACGGAAGCAACGUGUCCGGUGCGACGACGGGCGGCGUUUCAACGAACUCUUCCUCCAGCAACAACGGCCGCCAGUGCACGACGGUGAACUUCUCCGUGAAGGACUAUCUGGAGCUGAAGCACCAGCUGGACGUCGAGCGGCGACAGAAAUCGAUCGUUGAGGAUCGGCUGAAGGCGCUCGAGCGGCAACUCUACCCGACGCGCGUCCAGUACCAGGACUCGCCGGACCUACACGUACCCAGUGGAGAUUGUUCCACCGGCGAGCCUCAGGAACAGCAACAGCAGCAGCAGCAACAACAACAACAGUCGGCUCCGGAAGAGGUGGCCGUUUCGAUCAUCCACAAACCGAUCGUCGCAGGAAGUGUGGUCGGGGGGAAACUAUCGCGGAGUGGCCAGGAGUUGGACAGUGGUAUGUCGGUGAUCUCGCUCGAUUCGAACAGCUUGGGCAAGGGUCAGCAGAUAGUGGUCUGCUCGAGCGAGCUCAUAGAGGAGGCACUUUCUAUGCAGACGGCUUCUGGUGGAGCACCAGCAAAGCAACUGCUGAUCCCGCUGAAGGACGAAAAGAAGAUGUUCAUCAAGCGCUCCCGGUCACGCUCCCCAACGGUGGGCAACAGAGGGGAACCGACGGUGGUCACGUUGCCACCGAAGAAGAACCGCUUCCCGUCGAUCCUCGAGGCCGCGAUCAAGGCCGAACCGAAGGUGGAGGUUGAGCGAAUCAGCUCACCGUCCUCGAUCGUGGUCACCGACGAUCAGAUGAUAGUGACGUCGGCGGGAUCGCAUAUGACUCCGGUUCAGCAGCCACCCAUGAACAUCUACCACCGCCACAACCUCGAAACGAUCGUCGAAGCCAUCCGCCAUUUAGAGGGCGAUGUGUUCGACAAAGUCCUCCCAGCACAACAACAACAGCAGCAGUCGUCUUUACACCAAUCCCAACCUCAGCCCACACAGCCUGCUUCUCAGUCGACGAUACAGCAACGACCGGUGCAGGAUGUGCCCCUCGCGCUGACCACGAGUAAACAGCAGCAGCAACAACCGAAAACCGAUCGUGACCACCGUCAAAGUCAACUCGAACCGUACCUGAAGUUCCGCACGACGCCAGGCAGCACCACCGGCACUGCCACGACAGUCGCGAUUGUUGCCACGGCCGACCCAAACAAUAUCGUGACGGUUGCAGCACCGCCGCCAGCUAGUUCGAUCAUUACCGUAUCGAUCCCAUCGACCGGAAGCAGCUCACACCCAACCGCCACUAGUGGAGUCUGUCACUCGCCCGCCGCUUCCUCGACGACAACAUCGACGAUCGUUGCCAAUGGAACCGCCGCGGCCGCCGCUUCCAGUAUCCCGCAGCAUACGCAACAAACGACGGCAGCACAGAUCCUGCAGCAGCAACAGUGUCGACCGGGUGUGAUCGUGGUGAAACAGCACUCAUGAUUACCUUCCGCUCCGGCGGCUAGUGUCGCCACCGGCAGCAGCCCAACCGUUACCCCGUCCUCGUCGGGCACCAUUACGUUGUUUUCGACCACGGCGGCCUCCCAGUUCCAACUUCAGCCCCAGAACAACCACCACCACCAGCAACAGAACGGAAUCCAGGGCAGCAAAGCUACUCCGCUGCUGGUAAGCGUGAGCAGCAAUGUUGCCAAGCUGAAGUUUGGCCCCGGUGGUGGUGCGAUCGGUGUUCGAUCUACAGCAGCCCCAGCAGCGACAGCGGCAACACUAGCAGGCCCCGGAAGCAGUAUCCAUGGUCACAACGGUGGUGUUAGCAGAAGCCAUGCAAAUGUCGUCAUCAAAUACCAGAAAACGAUCGAUGGCGCUUGAGCGAUGAUGCUCCUAUGGAACGAUGUUCGGCGUCCCAUUACAUAUAUAUACAUAUUUUUUUUUACAACCUUGUUUGUUAAUUAUUUUACUAGAUGUUAUAGUUACUUUUUUAUGUUCAUCUUCAACCACCGCGAUCGCGUACCAUUUCUUCGAACCGUCCAUCGACCACCCCGUACCACUACAGUCCUUCGUCACGAAAAUCACCUCGGAACGAAAGCUACCUUUCUCACCUAACCUCUACCCCUCUUAUCCUACCCACCCACCAUAUUGUGUAGGGUUUAGCAAUAACAAGCGUGUAUUAUGUCGGUGUUUCCUUAGCCCGAGGGCACACUGGCACUCUAGUUUUGCGUUUUCCUGGCGAUGGACGGCAACAAAACACACAGACACACACAUACACACAUGGCUAACGGACGAACUUAUCGAUACGCGCUUGGGAAUAUUUGUCUGUCUCCUCGCUGCGAGGAGACAAGCGUUUCUUUCCCUGCUGAUUUAGUGCUAAGCGUAAGUGCGUUGAGCACUGAAAAAAUAACGGCAUAACUGCAAGCGUAUGAUUUUUAGUAAGCUUACGUUAACGAAAUAACGCAACAGCGAUCUUAAGCGACAUAAGGGAGUAUGUGUAUGGAGGGGUUAGCAGUUAAGUAUAGCGCGUAAGAUCCACGAUAAAAACGGAAUGAUAUAUCAAAAGUAACGUGUAAGAAUCAAAGGAUGGUAUGUAGCAGAGUGUGUACAAGAAUAUAGGAAUUGGUGGCACGUGACUGGCACUAAUAAUAAAAGUUCGUAACGAAGCGAAAAUAGGAGGAAUAUUUGCAAUGGAGUGACGAAACGAUACGGUUGUACACACGAGAGAGAGUGGAUGCUAAGAGAGUGGUAUAGCAACCCAUUAGGAACAGGCAUGCAUGUGUGGUAGAGCGUACAUUCAGUAAACUCAUUUAAUUAUUUGCCCAACAUUGAAAAUAUUAAUAAUAGUCUCUAGGGUUUCCAUUUGCAUUUCAUUGUGUGUAAGGAUGAUGAAUGAUAUAAACUGUACCGGGAAUAAUGUAAUUUUUUAUUGCUACUUCUAACUAUAACCAGGAUAAAAAUCUAGUACUACUUAAGACGAGUAUAGUGCGCGAUAGGGACGGCUUUUACACUGCUAUCAAUGAUUUGCGCCAUGACAAAACAAAUGCUGAAGUGAACGGUAACCUCUAGUUUAGCACCGCGGUUUGCUACACAGCGCAAGGAGGGAUAGGGAAUUUGCGGAAGGAAGCGAUAGAUAAAAUGAUGCAAAGAUUUUCCAUCCCCUGAAAGGGUUUGAACUUUUGUUUUUGUGCAAAAUAUACUACCACUUUUAGUAUGAA